AAAGAUUUAAAUACAAACAACCAGUAGCCUGUCAAAAACAAAAACUGUUUAAAAUUUCGGGGAGUGGAUAGUAUUGUAUAUUUAAUUAACAUUUUAAUUGUUUAAAAUAAAAUAAUAAAUGUGUCUAUUCUGAAAUUCUCCUCUUCCUUUGAAAAUGAAUAAUGAUUAACUGAUUUUAUUGACUUCUAAAUAUUAUAAUCAAAAUGUCUCCUUGUUGUGGUCAAUCUGAAAAUGAACCCAAGAUGGACAAAUCCAAAAGUUGUACUGAUGUGUUUUGUCUUCUCAUCUUUGGAGUGUUUUGGGGCCUACUUAUAUUCAUAGCUGCCUUUGCUUUUGUGAUCGGUAAUCCUAUGAGUCUCGAAUAUGGACAGGACAGCUUCGGUAACACCUGUGGAAUGAAAAAUGAAGAAUUGGGAAAUAUGACAUUUUCUGGCAUGGAUAUGACUGAUAGGCCUUAUUUAUUUUUCUUAAACAUGACAAAUUUAUAUCAAUCUUUGAAAAUCUGUGUAAAGCAGUGUCCUUACAGAACACUCAGAGAUGAAGCAGAGGCCAGAGAUUUUGAAAUUGCCACCGGCUCGCGUCUAUGUCGCUACGACAUAACUGAAUACCAAGGUCGUAGUCGCUUGUAUCCUGAACCAAUAAAUGAAACCAUUGCUAAUGGCCACUAUGCUUGCCCUGAACCACCCAUAUUUGCCACCAAGCCAAUAUUCAAACGCUGUAUUCCUCUUCCAGUGGCAAACUUUGCUAGUGAUAUUAUUUACAGUAUUUAUGCUUAUUUAAAUAGUUUUGAUACUAUUCAAAAGGUUGUCAGUGAUGUUUAUGCAGUUAAGUUUCACAUUCUUGGAAUGGUUGCGUUAGCAAUUGUUUUAUCCGUAAUUGUGGUUUUAUUGAUUCAUAAGUUAGCUUCAUUUGUGUCUUGGAUAAUCAUGAUUGUAGCUUGCGUAGCAUGCAUUGCAGGAACUGUUGUACUGUGGUGGACUUAUAUCGAUCUGAAGUGGCAGCUGGAUUCUACCAGUACAGAUGAGACUCUUAUUGAGUCUGUGAAAAAUGAAGAGGCCUUUCUAGUGUAUUCUAUAAUGACAACUAUAUUUACCAUAAUUUUAUUAUUGAUUGUUCUUGUAAUGAGAAAAAGAGUGAGCAUUGUUGUAAAGCUGUUUACUGAAGCAUCUGAAUGCAUUAAAAGCAUGCCUUUAAUUCUGUUGCAACCUGUUUUUACCUUUAUAGCCCUUGCUUUAUUUUUAACUUUUUGGGUCGCUGUUUUAGUAGCAAUCGCUACUGCUUAUUACCCCGUGAGAAACACAAUUCAAGGCCCUCUACAAUUUUCAGCUCCUCUUGCACCAUUGCCCUCUAACUACACUCAUCUCUCACCAGAACCUCAACACAAUCUGGUAAACAGAGCUUUCACGUUGGUGAGUUUUACUGAAGGUUCAUGGGUUCAGUAUAUGUGGUGGUAUCACAUAAUUGCCCUGGUGUGGACCAGCGAGUUUAUUUUGGGGUGCCAGCAAAUGGCAAUAGCCGGAGCCGUGGCUACUUGGUACUUCAGUCGAGAUCGGAGCACGGUCUCUAGUCCUGUUUGCAAAUCUGUCACCAGUCUUUGCUUGUAUCAUAUGGGAUCUGUUGCAUUGGGUGCUUUCUUGAUAACAGUGUUUAAGAUUCCUAGAUUGAUCCUUACUUACAUGAUAAGUCUAAUGCGCAAGCAUCAAGAGUGGAAAUGCGUAGCCUGGUGUUUGAAAUGUUGUACUUGCUGUUUGUGGUGCAUGGAAAAAUGUAUCAGAUACCUGAAUCACAAUGCUUAUACUAUAGUUGCCAUACAGGGUGUUGGGUUUUGCAGUGCUGCUAGAGAGGCUUUUGACAUCUUGAUGUCAAACGCCUUGCAAGUUGCAACUAUAAAUAGUGUUGGCGAUUUUGUUCUGUUUCUUGGCAAGUGCAGUGUCACUGCCAUCACUGCAUUCGCUUGCAUUGUCAUUUUCAAGAAUGAUCCAGACUUGUAUUUCUAUGCAGUUCCUGUAGUUCUUAUUUGUGUCAUUGCUUAUUUUAUUGCUCAUUGUGUCUUGUCAGUAUAUGAAAUGGUUAUCGACACCUUGUUUUUAUGCGUCUGUGAAGAUAUUUUGAGAAAUGAUGGUUCAAAGGAAAAGCCUUAUUUCGGGGGUAGCUUAGUCCGUUUCAUCAAGGGCACAGAAGGGGGGCACAGUUUACAGCCUUUAAACAAAGUGGCUGAUAACUCAGAAACAGAAUAGCGCACAAUGUAAAAUCUUGGAAAAAGGUUUUGUUACUCGUCCAUAGCUAAUUUUUAGCAAUGUUUGUUGCCCCACCUUGCGUGAACCAAGUUUUUUAAAAGAAACUCUGUCAGUUUUAUAUGAAGAUAUGUCUGAUAUAAAAUGAAAAUAAUAUACUUAAAUAGAAGGCACUAAGUGGUGAAUGAUAUUCUGCUGUGUCUUAAAUGAAAACCAAGUGGAAAAAGAGUUUGCCAGGACAUGGCCCUCUUUUGACAAGGAUAACAGCUAUUCUAUGUAACCUUUUAUAGCUUAGGGAUGCCAACUGCUGUUUUUUUGUUUACUUUUAUAGUGAUUAAAUCGUCCGAAACAAUUUCAAUUAAUGCUUUUGAAAGUAAUAUAUUGGAUAUGGAGUUCAAUUAUAGUUAAAUAUGGUAAUCUAAAGUCUACUUAGAUAAUAACAAACUGCAAAUCUAAGUUUUUGAUUAUAUUCCAGCUUGUUAAUUCAUUUUUUUUAAAAAAAAUUUGUAUAUGAACCACUAUUUGAGCAUAAAAUAGUUUUCAUUUCAAUGUUUUUUUUUUUUAAACAAAAACUUAUUUCUUUUUUAAAAAUUUGUUGAUCUGUUAGCUGAAAUUUCGAAGCAAUUAUUAAAAAACAUUAUUGAAUUAUAUUUUACCUGUUUUCUGCAUGGUGUGAAGAUUUUAUGUAAGUUUCAAAUUAUUGUGAGAAAAAACCUAUCAUUAUUAUGAUUCUUCUUGUUUUGUAUUGAUUUAAAAUUAUAUUCUUAAUAUUUCAUUGAGAUAAACACUACUUGCAUUGAAUAUAAGAGAGCUAUACAUCUGAAAUGUGAAAAAGCGUUGCUUAUAGGGGCAGUGACUGAAAUAAGCAAUACUAUCUGUUUUAAUAAUAAUUAAAUCGUUCAAUCUGAGUAUCAUUCGAAUUAAAAUUUCGAAAAUAUAAAGAUAUUUUUGAAAAUCACUUUAUGAUGCCAUAUGAAAUUUUGCUUUAGUUGAUGAAAGAAAUAACUUUCUCUAAUUUCUGAUUAACUCAAACUUUUACUUAUCAGGGCAGUUAUAUGUCAUAAGUCGAUCUUUGGAUAUUUGAUUGACAACCAGCACACUUUAUGAAUACAAAAAACUAUUAUAGUAUAAUAGUUGUUAAAAAGUUAUUUUUUUGUUCUAAUCAUUUCAUUUCUUAGUCUUAUGGCAUCCAACAUAAAAGGGAUGAUUUUUUCUGUUUCUUUUGUAAUUAUGACUAGCCAGCUCUAACUCUUCUGAAGAUAAAUCUUUAAAAAGAGCCCUUUCAAGGUUGGUAUCCCUGAAGUAUUUUUUUAUUAACCUUUUUUCUUACAGAAAAGGCUUUGAUAUUUCUUUUUUUUUUUUAUAAAAUAUAUCUGUAUUUUAUUUGAGUAGUUUGUAAAAGUGAUAAUGAAAUUUUAUUUUGCUAUGUAUAAAUUUACAUAAUCAAGUUAGUGUUUAAUAUAUUCAAGCUUUUGUAUGUUAUAUGUAACACCCGGUUAUAAGAAAUUUUAUCGAGUGUUUGUGAAAAGGUUCACAAUUCCAUUUUAGUACUUAUUUUUAUUUACAGUUUAGUCCUAUUUUUUGUCUAGUCUGAUUUAUUUCUUAAAUGAUUCUUUGUAAAGUCAUGAGAAUUUUGUUUACCACAUUCAAAGUGCUUGUCAUUGCUAUGUUUAUCCAUCUAAAAAAAGUAUUGGUGCUUUUUUAUAAUUAUAUAUAAAAU